AUGGUGAAGGACAGCGCGUACUACGACGUCCUGGAGAUCAGCACUGACGCCUCCGUGGCCCAGAUCAAGAAGGCCUAUUACCUCAAGGCCAAGCUGGUGCACCCGGACAAGAAUCCGGGCAACCCUGAUGCCGCGCGCAAGUUUCAGGAACUAGGCGAAGCCUAUCAGGUCCUAAGUGAUCCGGUGAAAAAGGAGUCUUACGAUAAGUAUGGAAAGGAAGGACUUCCGCAAGAUAAUAUGAUUGAUCCAACGGCUGUCUUUGGAAUGCUUUUCGGGAGCGACUAUUUCGAAGAUUAUGUUGGCCAACUUGCGCUAGCAUCUGUUGCCUCAGUAGAGAUUGAGGAAGAAUCAACCGCACCUGAGGCAAGGACAAGGAUUCAAGAGAAGAUAAAGGACGUGCAAACCGAAAGAGAGCAAAUACUUACUCAGAGCCUAAAGCAUCGGCUGCAACCAUAUGUUGAUGGGAAGCAAGAUGAGUUUGGUGAUUGGGCAAAUGCAGAAGCUCAGCGUUUGUCUCAAGCUGCUUUUGGUGAGGCUAUGCUUCACACUAUUGGCUACAUCUAUGUUCGGCAAGCAGCAAGAGAACUUGGAAAAAGCAAAUUGUAUAUGGGUGUACCUUUCAUUGCUGAGUGGGUAAGGGACAAGGGCCAUCACGUAAAAUCACAGGUUAAUGCUGCUGCAGGUGCAAUUUCUCUGAUACAGCUACAAGAAGGGAUAAAAAAGAUUGAAGAGGGUGACAACAAGGAAGAGCAGCUUAUUAAGAGUAUCGAAGAAAAAAAGGAUGCGAUGCUCAAUUCUUUAUGGAAAAUUAAUGUGGUCGAUAUUGAGGCAACGCUUUCACGGGUCUGCCAAGCAGUUUUGAGAGAAAAUGAUAUUCCCAGAGACAUACUGAAGUUGAGGGCAAGAGGACUGAAAAAGCUAGGGACGAUAUUUCAAGGCGCAAAAUCAAACUACCGUCGUGAAAACAGCCUGCGUUUUGAAGAUGAUGCUGCAGAAGCCACACCGUCGCACUGA